AUCAAAUUAUGGUUAUCCACUAAAUUUCUUCAUGCCGUAAGCUGUUCCAAACUAUCGUCCAUUUCAUGGAUCGAUGAUGUCUUAUCCAUCUUAAACACCUCCUUAUUUUCCUACUCCAACAGGUAAUGAAACUGAUUCGAAUCUUGGAGCAACUGAUUUUCCCGAGUUUUCUACCCAAAUGGCUCUUGGUGGUAUUAGGGUAUUCAUGAAGCCAUUCCAGAUGCAAAGGAUUCAACUCCUUCUCGUCGGAGAAAAGUUUCAAAUAGGAGGAAAUACUUAUUCUGGAAGCAGUGGAUCUAAAAGAGCCCACGAGAGUGAUGCUAGUGACUCAAACUCUGUAGGAUCUAGUGCUCGUCCAAUGGAAAGAGAUGCUGCUAAGAAAAAGCUAAAAAAAAAGGCACAAGAGUUGGAUAGGUUGGAGAAAAUAACUAUGAUGCACAGUGAAACAAACCAAUUGAUUAAGGAAAAGACUCAUGCUAAAAAGAUGAAGAUGUUUAUAGAGCUAACUGAAAAAGAGAAUCUCGAUGACAAGAGCAAAAAGCUAUUGCAACAAUUGAGCCACGAUCUAUUUGGAAAUUAA